AUGGAGUUCGUAUGGUCAGCUUCGACACAAGGCUCCAAACGGCGUACCCUGCAAGAUAAGACCUCUUUCAGUAGAUCACCCUGCGAGACUUGUCGCACGCGCAAGAAAAGAUGCUUUCACACUGAGGCAGAUGCCGACGUGCUUGCUCCCAGCACCGCUACUGCAGUGGCGAGCUCGCACGCGAAAGUGGGUGAGCAAUCUACACGAGAGUCGAGCCCAGGCGUGGACGGGAUUGGAGCCUACGCCCCCGAAUCGAUACUUGAGGAUAUCUCGUCGGUAACUGGGCCCCUAUCAUCGGGUGCCCAUGACUUACCCACUCCGUCGGCUCAUCGCCCCUUCAGCCUGACUGCAGCGGAGCAAAGCGCUCUAGAAGCUAGGAUCGAAGGCCGCCGGCGCACUUGGUGCUUAACGCGGCGGACACAUGGCUCACCGAAGCUGUCUGAAGCACAUCAACGCUACCUGCAGGAUCAAGGGGCUUACCUCACUCUGCCCGCUUCCACGGUGUCUAUCCUCUUGCCACUUUACCUCUGCAUGCUGGACGACCUGGUUCCUAUCGUCGAAUGCUCCACCGUAAUUCGUGACUUCAGCAACGAUGACUAUUCCGUUUAUCUGGUACGGGCGAUAUGUCUUGUUGUAUGUAAACUCCCCCAGGCCGCUCCGCACUUGCGACUCUUCCAAGGUGGCCCGGUUCUGAGCUAUGGAGAGUUCGCAGUCAAGCUUCUUGACGGUCUGGAAGCAGCAAUGGGCGCAGAACUUGAAGUGGACCGCUUCACAAAAACACAGAUUCUAGCGCUUAUGCACCUUCACAACGACGGACGUAAUGGGCGCGAAAGAGCAUCUAAAAACCUAUCAAGUGCUAUCAACGAAGCCUGGGCUAUGGCAUUGCAUCAGAGGACGCCAGGAGUAUCGCGUAGCACCACAGACGACAUGCUCUGGUGGUCUCUUCGCAAUCUAGAUCGACUAAGUAAACCAGUGAUGGGCGUUGCUCCGUACUUCAUUGAUGAUGCCGACAUUGGCAUCGAACGCAUCGUCGGAAUACACGACAGCUACCGGAUAUCUCUAAUGAGUCUGUCAACGAUGCUUGGAGAUCUUAUAACCACCGCAACAAGAAUUCACAAGGCCAGCGCAAGGGGUACCGUCGAUACAUAUCUGGAAUUUCCAUCUUUAGCUGAGAUAACAGCCGGUACAGACUUUGCACAGUUCUAUAAACCACAUCGGGCUUACUUUGAGAUUUGGCAUUGCCUUGCGGCGAUGCUCUCGUGUAGACACGGCCGUCCUGGUAGCGGUACAUAUAGCAGACGUCUUGAGUCUGCAGAGCGGGUUGUCGCUUUGCUUCACGGCAAAGGCCAUGAAGACGUGCCGCCGCUACCGCUUGUGCCGUACACCCUGAGUAUGGGCACCUCUGUGAUCUAUCGUGCUCUUGUUGACGGGCAGAGGACACCGUGGGAAGCACAGAAUGAGUUGACAAAGUGUUGCGACUCGCUCGAAGUGUUCAGUCAGCGGUGGACAAGUGCCAAAGGCAUCACUCGCUUGGCCAAGCGCCUUUUGAAGCAUAUUACGUUGCCUCUUCGAUCCGACGCCGAGCUUGAUGCUGCUGAUCAAGCGGAAUUUGGAAAGUUGAAUCGCGAAGCUUCGUUGACGGGAGAUGUGAACGCAUGCAGCGUUUCGUUGCCUGGGCAUUCUGAAAACAUUGCGUUGGCCGGCUCCUUGCUGAUAUCAAACGAUGACUUCAAUGAUGUGCUGUUGGACGCAGAGGUGGAUCGCCAUUUUGGCAGUCAGGCCUUUGAGAACUUUCAAGAUUUGGGAACCGCAAACUUCCUGGAUUAUCUAGCCAUGAGCUACACUGAAGACGAAGUGUUUUAA